CCCCGACGCCGCCCACGACACAGCCAACACUGGUCCCCGCACCCUCGCAUUUGUCCCGCCCGUCCCAGAAUUGAGUGCUUGCGCCUGCCAAAAUGACAACGGUGCCGGUCAGCGAGGUUAAGAGCACGCAUGAUCGCUCAUCACGAACCGCGGCGCAUUCCCACAUCAAGGGCCUUGGCCUGUCGAGCGAUGGGCGCGCAACUCCUUCGGCAGGCGGCUUCGUAGGCCAGGCUGCAGCUCGUGAGGUAUGCGGUCUGGUCGUCGACCUCGUCAAGGCGAAGAAGAUGUCGGGCAGAGCUGUGCUGCUCGCAGGUGGCCCUGGAACCGGCAAGACGGCAUUGGCAUUGGCCGUCAGCCAGGAACUAGGCACAAAGGUCCCCUUCUGCCCGAUUGUCGGCAGCGAGAUAUACUCGGCAGAGGUCAAGAAGACGGAGGCGCUCAUGGAGAACUUCAGAAGGGCCAUUGGCCUGCGCGUCAAGGAAACAAAGGAAGUGUACGAAGGCGAAGUGACGGAGCUCACGCCCGAAGAAGCUGAGAACCCGCUGGGAGGCUACGGCCGCACCAUCUCCCACCUCCUCAUCACCCUCAAGUCGGCCAAGGGCACCAAGAAGCUGCGACUCGACCCCUCCAUCUACGAGGCGAUACAAAAGGAGCGCGUGCGUUUGGGCGACGUCAUCUACAUCGAGGCCAACACGGGCGCCGUCAAGCGCGUCGGACGAUCAGACGCCUACGCAACCGAGUUCGAUCUCGAGGCAGAGGAGUAUGUGCCCAUACCAAAGGGCGACGUGCACAAGAAGAAGGAGAUUGUUCAGGAUGUCACUCUGCAUGACCUGGACGUUGCAAACGCACGGCCGCAAGGCGGUCAGGACAUAAUGAGCAUGAUGGGCCAGUUGAUGAAGCCCAAGAAGACGGAGAUUACCGAGAAGCUGCGGUUAGAAAUCAACAAGGUCGUGAACCGGUACAUUGACCAAGGAAUUGCCGACCUGGUACCCGGUGUGCUCUUCAUCGACGAGGUGCACAUGCUCGAUCUCGAGGCCUUUACCUUUCUCAAUCGCGCGCUCGAAUCGCCCCUCUCGCCCCUCGUCAUCCUUGCGUCGAACCGCGGCAACACGCACAUUCGCGGCGGCGAAAACCUGCCUCCCUCGGCACACGGCAUUCCUACCGAUUUGCUCGCGCGACUUCUCAUUAUCCCAACACAUCCAUACAGCCCAGCUGAAAUCAGCUCCAUCAUCACAACCCGUGUCACGACCGAGAAGCUUAACAUCUCGGCCGCGGCCAAGGAAAAGGUCAGCUCACUGGGCGAGAAGAUUAGUCUGCGGUAUGCGCUCCAACUAUUGGCACCCGCUAGCGUAUUGGCAGAGGUCAAUGGACGGGAGAACAAGCAGAUUGAGGUUGAAGAUGUAGACGAGUGCCAGGGCCUGUUCUUGGAUGCGCGGAGAAGUGCGCAAGCACUGGGCGAGACGAGUGGGUUCAUUUCGUAGAUGCUGUCCUCUAGUUUGUACGAUAGCCUGGCGUUUUGUUUGGGUGCAGAGAGCGGUGGGCGCUCCUGAAGCAAAAGGAGCAAUGUUUAUUUUUCUCUCUCUCUUCAUUUUCCAUGCUGCACCAAAAACUAGACGAAACGUGCAAACUGGGUAAUAGGAUGUGUCAGCAGAGUCAUGGCAAAUGUACUGUAGCAUGG